CCUAGGAGACCAGCAGGAAGGUCUGGGGGGACCUGCAGGCUUCGAAAGGUGUUCUGUUCAGCGAGUGCUUGAGGACCCGGCAUAAUGAUGGCUCCUGGGUGUCUGCUCAGCGCCCGCAGAGAUGCGGUUCCAGGACUAAGCCCACGGGCGUGGGGGCAGUGGAGCCUGCACCGUUUUCACCCGAGAUCCCUCAAAUGCCUUCCUUCACGUAGCAGCUCUAGGCCCUUCCCCGAGCCGUCGGGCCCUACCAGCCCGGGGGAGGUGGACGGGGCCCGCGGGGCGGGGAGGGGGUUGCUGGGAGAGGAAGGGCCGCGCUCCCGGGGGCGGGCAGAGGCGGGCGCCUAGAUCUGGAGGUGGAGACUGGGUGAGGGGCCCGACCGCGGCGUCUGUCCAGAACCGCCCAGACACCAGCGCUCAGCAAGGGUGAGACCCCAGCGGAGUCCCGUCCCCUCUCCUAAACUUCAGCAGCCGGACUGGGAACCCCAACUGACGGGAACCACACCGCGUCCCGCUUCGGAGGAUGCUGUGUCUAUCUGCUCAGAAUCCUGGCCCCUUGCUGGCUGGUUUCAUCGAUGCCUGACCCAGUAGACGAUGAGCUUGUUGUGGGCAGGGCUCAUCCCUUUACCACUUCAGUAGUCACCUCCCAUCUCCAAGAUAAUGUAGCCAUAGCAGGGCUCACCCAGAGGAGGGCUGAAGAAUUGCACUUAGAAUUAUCCAGUGAAGUUGCUACUAGAGAUGGACGUUAGAAGCAUAGGAUUUUCAUCUGUCCUGGAAGAGCUGAUAGACCAGAUGAGGAGCUGAGAGAGGCACAGCGGGCAAAGAGGAACAUUAGACUUUACCACCAAUGUCACUGCUGAAUUCUGGCUGGCCCCACCAAGUAAAGAGGCUGGCCUCUCCGGAGCUGAAUCCACCAGUCAACUCAGACAGCAACCCAGACCACAUGCCCAAGGAGGAUCCUGAGGAGACUUCUGCUCAGGAUCCUGAAGUUCUGAGCUGGGGGCACCCUGGCCUGGAUACCACCCCAGCCCCCAGUUGGCCUGGGCUCCGGAGCCUCCUGCAGCAGCUCCCUCCACAGGACAGCGAUGAGCGCUACUGCCUGGCCCUUGGGGAGGAGGAGCUGGCCGAGCUGCGGCUCUUCUGUGCCCAACAGAGGCGGGAGGCCCUGGGACAGGGGGUGGCCCGCCUGGUACCUCUCAAGCUUGAAGAAUGCACCUGUGAAAAUUGCAGGCAGCGGCUGAGGCCAGGGGAGUACGGAGUGUUUGCAGCUCGGGCAGGAGAGCGGCGCUGCUGGCACCAGGCUUGCUUUGCCUGCCAGGCCUGUGGCCAGGCCCUGAUCAACCUCAUCUACUUCUACCACAAUGGGCGUCUUUACUGUGGCCGUCAUCACGCAGAGCUGUUGCGGCCUCGCUGCCCGGCUUGUGACCAGCUGAUUUUCUCCCGGCGCUGCACCGAGGCCGAGGGACGGCACUGGCACGAAAACCACUUCUGCUGCCAGGACUGCGCCGGGCCCUUGGGCGGGGGACGUUAUGCCCUGCCGGGGGGCGGCCCCUGCUGCCCCAGCUGCUUUGAGCGUCGCUAUUCGGAUGCGGGUUCGAGUCCGGCCCCGACACUGGAAAGCAGGGCGUCCCCGGGAGAGGAGGGGCUCUGCAGAGUUGGAGAUCCGGACUGCGCCCAGCCGAACACCGCGAUCAUCUCCCGGGCAACCCUGCUCGCCACUGCCGCCAGCUCCAGUCUGGAAACACGGAGCAGGAUGCUUGGAUCCAGCGCAGAGCAGGAGUAUCGAGCUGGGGACCACACGGAGGCACGCCAAGGGCAAGCGCAGGGCCGCCUAGAGACGCCCCUUGAUCCCAAGGAGGAUGCUCCAUGUCCCACCUGCUCCUCUUCCUCUGAAUCGGAACCCGAAGGCUUUUUCUUAGGCCAGCGCCUUCCCCGGCCUUGGGAGACCCCGGCCCCUUUCCGAACUGAGGACAGCGACACCUCCAGGAGGCACUGUACCAUUUGCUAGUGGCGCAGCCUGGAGAAAGGGGGGCUUGGGGGGGGGGGGGUGGGAUCUGUAAGGCGAGAGAGCGAGGCUCUCCUACCCCUCUAAGUCCUAGACUGAAUGCCAUCAGGACCAAGUCUGGGGAGGGUCGGCGAGAUGACAGGUUUGAGUGCUUCCUCUCAGCCCGCGCACUUUAUGACUCUUCAUGGAGACUCUCGGAGAAGCCCAUUCCUCAAAGCUACGCAUCCCCAGCUGAGUGCCCCUGCCCCACCCCCACAGGCUGGGAG